AUGAAUAAUCAAACAAUUAGCAGAGUAUCUUCUACCAACUUGAACUGGAACAAACAUUGUGACAUCAUAUGUAGUAAGGCAAAUAGCACUGUUGACUUACUUAGAAGAAUCCUUGGUGAAUGUAGCGCUGCUGGUAAGUCAAGAGCGUAUACUAGUCUUGUCCGUCCACAACUUGAGUAUGCUUCUACAGUCUGGAACCCUUACACCUUGAGGAACAUCAACAAGAUUGAGAUGGUUCAACGCAGAGCUGCUGGAUUUGUCUUCAAUAACCAUUCCAGUGCUAGCCGCGCCUUUCCAAUGAUCGACCAUCUGGGUUGGGACAAUUUCCAACAACGGCGGCUGCUACACCAAGCCACUAUGUUCUACAAGAUCCAUCUGAAGGCCUUGUUGGAAUCAGUCUUCCUGAUGACGUGUGUCCUUUGA